AUGGCCCUCGGCUGGGUCGUCCGCCCAAGGACUGCUGCGACGACACCAGUUGCCCUGCUGGACGAUCUGGAGCUGACCGCACAGCGGAACCUGGCUCUAGCUCGUCUGAACUCCUCGCCACUACCCCCGAUCCAGACGAACCAUAUGAACAGUGCCGGUAACAGUUCGACUGGCAACGGACCGAACAAUGUAGGACCGGCGACUGCUGCCGAACAGUCACUCUACAGUCAUCUGUACGGCAAAGAGAUGGGUUUGAUGAGAAAGUUAAGCAAUAUCGACGAUUAUCCGAACCACGUCGCAGCAGCCGCGGCACGCAAUUAUCAGCAACUGUUGCAGCAUCCGGAUAGUGUCAUACCACCGGGUGCCGCUCAUCAAAUGCAACAAAACUUUGCCGCCCAUCCCCAUGCCGCCAAAUUCAAUCAGUUCAAUUAUCCGAAUCCUGGUGGUCUUCUAAAACCCUGCUAUGACUACACCGGCCAACAGCAACAGCAACAGCAGCAGCAACAUCACAUGCAACCCCACCAGACAGCAUCCGGAAUUGCCACAUCGGCAUCCAAUCAACAGAUGAAAAAGGAAAUAUUUAAUCUAAGUGGCAGCAAUGGAGCUGAUUUAUACACACCUCAGCAGCACCCACCGGCCACAUCAUCACCGACAGCAACGGCCAACGGGUCGACCAACACCACCACCGCCGCCUCAUCAAUGGCCAACGGGGGUGGCGGUUCGUUGUCAUUCAUGAAUCUUCAUCAGCCAUCAUCCGCAGCUGCUGCAGCCGCCGCCGCCGCAGCCGCAGCUGCCAUGUAUGUCAAUCAUUUCAACAGCGGUGGCCCUAAUGGCGCAGGUGCUUCCGGCAAUCUAUCCGCAAUGGACAACGGGGACAAUCUAGCUGAUUUUAAUCCGAUGCGUAACUCAAACAAUGCCAUCAACAAUAACGGUCCGCCCAACUCCUCCACCAAUACCGGCAGUAAUAACAAUCUGAUCAAAUCCGCCGAAUCGGUCCUAAUGGCAAGAAGCUCAAUUAUGAAUAAUUUAAACAAUAAUCUUAAUAAAAUCGAACCAAAUACCGAUACCACACUUAACGAUAAUAACAAUAAUCCACAUAAUCAUCACCAUCAGCAGCAGCAGCAACAACAACAACAAGGCCACAAUCAUCUCUCUGCUCACCAUCAGCAGCACCAGCAGGGCGGUCACGGUGGUCACCAUUCAUCGUUUCAUCACCAGAUGAACACGCUCGGCGGCGGUAUGGGAGGAACCGGAUCCGGUUCUGGCAAUAAUGACGAUGAUAACGAUAAAUUAUCGUCACCAUUAACGGGCACCUCCACGCUUACCAAUCCCGAUUUGAACGACCCGGAGAACGAUAGCAAUGAUGAUGGGUACACCGUUCUGUAG